UGACUGUCUUUUGAAAUAAAGUCAAAAAAGCAAUAAGCCUCGAGGCCAAACACUGUUAGUAUUUGGUUUGUUUUAGAUACAAAAUCAAUGAAUUAAUAUCAUCAUCCAAUCCAGAUGGGGGGUUUAUCCGCUGGCGGUGGUUAUGUAGUAUUUCCUCUUGGUAAUAAUAAUUUGGUGUCGUGGAAAUACAAAUACUGUCCAACCACCAAUUGGGCGGUGGAUGAUUUCAAGAUUCCCAAAUCCAUUAAGGCCGCCGCCUCUUCAUCUCGUAAUUAUAAUUAUUCCGACAACACUGACUUAGCUUCUUCUAUUGCUCAUUUUGAUCAUCAUCUUAUUGAACAAGAAGAAGAAGAAGAAAGAAGUAGCGCUACUGAGGUGAAGAAGGAGAUACAAAUGUGCUAUCACCUGAUACGCACGCUCGGUAGGGGAGUCGUUUACUUGGGUUCUGCAAGGAUGGGCCCCGGCCAUCACCAUUACAUCCAAACACAACUUCUGUCAACUCAGGUGGCAAAACUCUUGGGGUGCACUUCAUGGUCAGGGGCUGGACCGGGCCUCAUGGAUGCCGCCACUCGAGGUGCUCUUCAAGCUGGAAUGCCCGUUGGUGGUUUCAAGAUCGCUAAAGAGGCUAACCAAUGGACAUCUUCCAAUUUCCAUCCUUAUCUUCCUUCCCACACUUACCUUACUUGCAGGUUUUUUUCUGCAAGAAAGCAUGGGUUAGUAGAUGCUGUGGUUAGAACUAGUGACCAGGACAAGACAGCCGUGAUAGCUCUGCCAGGUGGGAUUGGGACUCUAGAUGAGGCUUUUGAGAUUCUUGCGUUGAUCCAGUUAGAAAGAAUAGGCUCAGCAUUACCAGUUCCAUUUAUUUUGAUGAACUACGACUCUUUUUAUACAAAGCUUUUGGAAUUUUUGGAGGUAUGUGAAAAUUGGGGGACUGUUUCCAAGGGAGAGGUUUCAUCACUAUGGAAAGUAUGCAACAAUAACUCGGAAGCGCUGGCAUUUCUUGCAGAAUUUUAUGAUCUUGAUCAUGGCAACCAACAGUAACUGCCACACUUGUGGAGUAUUGUUUAGUUUCCAUGUUGUUAUUGUAUAAUCCAAUUGAUUAAUGGAUGAAUUUGAACAUGGUAUUCAUGGUGUCCCUAGUUAUACAGAUUAUGCUUAAUGAAAUGUAAUAAAACCCCUUUAUUAUAUGUAACUAAUCAAUGUUACUGAUUUUUGUUUA